GGGGAGGGGGAGGGUAUGGGUGCCGGGGAGGAGGCGAGGAAGGAGGCCGGCGAGGGGGAAGAUGGGGAAGGGGUGGGCGGGAAGGAGGAGAAGGCGGCGGUGUCGUGCUCGAUCUGCCUCGACGCGGUUGUCGCCGGCGGCGGGGAGAGGUCCACCGCGAGGCUGCAGUGCGGCCACGAGUUCCACCUCGAUUGCAUUGGAUCAGCAUUCAAUGCCAAAGGUGUUAUGCAAUGCCCCAACUGCCGGAAAAUUGAGAAAGGGAAUUGGCUCUAUGCAAAUGGUUCCCGACCUGCACAAGAUGUUAAUAUGGAUGAGUGGGCUCAUGAUGAAGACCUUUAUGAUGUUAGCUACUCUGAGAUGCCAUUUCGCUUUCACUGGUGUCCAUUUGGCCGUUUGGCACAACUUCCAUCCUUCUUUGAGGAAGGAGAAUCAUCACCCCCAGUCACUUUUCAUGACUUCAUGGGGCAACAUGUGUUCACGGAGCAUGUAGCUGCUGUAUCUGCUGCACCCGGGGCAGCUCAUCCAUGCCCAUAUGUGGCAUACUUGCAUCCUCUUCCGUCAUUGGCGUCAUCAUCAAGCUCUCAUGUUCCUGAGAGAACUAUGGACGGUCCUGCAUAUCAUGAUCCCUGGCAUCCCUUGGCUGGUCCAUCAGACGGUAGGCCCCUGCAAUCAGUGCAACCUGCUGAUUUUCAUCAUAACCAUUGGGCGCAUGUUCCCAAUUCCUAUCCUCAACCCAACAACAAUAAUGGGGUGGCCGAGCAACAAGGAGUCCCUUUUGGAACAAUGAGGGCUGCAAGAGUUGAUGGUGAUACCCAGCGUCGAGGAUCUUCUGUUUCUCCAUCAUACUUCAGCAAUGGAUCUGGUUCUAGAUCUAGAGCUCCCAACGUUCCUCCUAUGGUACCUCAAUUCAUGAGGGCUCAUGGUGGCAUUAGUGAACAGUACCAGCAGAAUUCAUCAUCUAGCCUUUUUGCUGGGGCUCAUAGAUCAGGAGGCAUGCGAACUGCACCACCCCCUCUACCAGAAAACCCAGCAUUUUGUCUUUUCCCACCUGGUUCUUCUGGCCAUAAUUCAAUGGAGACUGACGAUGCUGGAGGAAGCCGAUUCUAUGCCUGGGAGCGUGAUCGCUUCGCGCCAUACCCACUAAUGCCAGUGGACUGUGAGACAAACUGGUGGAGCUCACAGCAAUCUCAUGGUACUUCAGAACCCACACCUGCUCCAAGGAGAUUAUUUGGGCAAUGGAUCGGCGUCGGAAGAUCAUCUCCGGAAAAUAGAUCACCUGAGGGCUCAUCAUAUCGGCAAAUGCACACUCCAAGGAUGUAGACCCUCAUGAAGGAAAUUUAAGUUAAUACUUAACUUUUGGAAUCUGAAGUUGUUUGUAUGAAGAUGGAAAACCCAUUGUAUGAAAUUAAGCCUGGGUCGCGCUGUAAACCUCGAAGCAAAUCUGAGAGGAAGAAACAGAAAAUAACCCGGGGAGAACAUUUUGAUUUGGUUUAUUGAGUUCCAUCACGUACAUAUUUGAAAUCAAGUUGGGAUAUUCGGAGUUUCACCUUGUGAUGCAGUUUCUUAUUAUGCAAUUUGUUCAAUUCA